GUUAAAUCUAACGGCUCUAUUCGUCUUACCAUAUUUUAAACCUGCCUGAAAAUAUAGCCGUUACACUCACACCAUCCUAUUCAUUUCUCAAUCUUUAAGAAUCUCUCAAUUCAAUUCUUAGGGUUACAUUACAUUCUUUUAAUCUUUGUCUUCUCACUUCCACUUCCAUUUCCUAAUUCAUUCAUUUUCCUAAUCUUUCUUUCAAUUCAAUUUCGAUUCAAUGCCUCUCAACAACGACAAAUCUCCUCCAGUUUCAAAUUCAUCAAACCCUAAUCCAAGAAAUUCAGAAACCAUUAACCCCAUGCGAAGAAGUUUCUCUGGAAAUCCAUUCUCUAAACCUUCCCUCAUCGCUGCUAACCCUAGAUCCAGUUUCUCUCACUCUCACACCCCCGCCAAUAGUCCUUCAGAUUUUUCAAGAAAAAGCUUUGUUGAUGACAAAGAAAACGCAAAAGAUCAGUUUAUGAAACCAGCAAAGGUUCGAUCACCAGCUGCAACGUCGAAAUCAACAAAGAAUUUCAUGUCUCCGACGAUCUCUGCUUCGUUCAAGAUGGCUGAGUCACCGCGAAAGAAAAUCCUUGCGGAGAGGAACGAGCCUACUCCUACUUCUGACAACAAAGUUCAUGUUCGGAAGGUAACUUUUUCUGAUCCUUUAGAACAGAAAAGGCUUGAUGCUGCUUCAUUAGAUGGGAAUAAUAGAAUCCUCUUUCCGAGUUUUGAGUCUGAAGAUUUGAGUGGUGAAACUUUGUUAGAGUCCAAUGUUGUUCCUAUGUAUGAUUUGUCGUUUGAUGCUAUGCGUAUGAAUGUUCCUAUGAUUCCAAACAAUGAUUCAGAUUUUUCAUUUGAAACUGUGCACACUGAACCCUCAUUUCAAAAUGUUCCAUUGAUUAGAAACAAUGAUUCAGAUUUUGUUAACCUUGACCCUACUUUUAAGCUUAGUCCAGCCACGGCUACUCCUCCAGUUUCAUACACUGCUAAUGCCGUAGACCCUCUAAUUGAUACUGAUCCCUCUGUGCCACCUUAUGACCCUAAAACAAAUUACCUAUCCCCUAGGCCACAAUUCCUACAUUACAAACCAAAGCCGCGAAUGGAAUUAGAGGAUAGUUUCGAUCUGUCAGGAAACUUUUCAGAUACAGAUGUCACCGAGUAUACUCAGUCUGAUGAAUCACAGAAGGAAUCAUCGGAGGAUGUUUCUUCUGACGAAACUGUGAAGCAGGAAGAUGAUCAAAUUUCUGAACAAAGUCCUGUUAGGACUCUCUUGCCAGAGAAAACAGUUGAAGCAAAGGAGUUGCGAAAACCACGCUUCUCUUUGAGAUCAAAGGUUGCUGUUCUAAUUUUGCUUCUGUCAACUGCUUUUGUAUCGAUUUCAAUCCCAAAUUCUCCAGGGUAUCAUGCUGUGUUGGAAGACUUUUAUGAGGCUUAUGAGUCUUCUGAAUUUCCGGAGCUUGCAAGGGCUAACUUUGAUCAAUUCUCUCAGUUUGCAAAAGCGAAUUUUGAGGGUUUCUCUCGGAAUUUGCAUACUUGGUAUACUAAGUCGCUGUCUUCAAUCUCUGAGUUGAUUUCAGAUGUCAGAGGAGUGCGUAAUAUGUCUCAGUUGCAGUACUUUAACUUGACUGUGUUGCACGACUAUAGUGCAGUUAAUCAGAGUCCUAUCUUUGGUCGCGGUGAAAAUAAAAUAGGGUACACUUGCCCUCCUGUUCAAGAAACACACGUUGCCUCAGAGAUUUCUAUGGAUGAGUAUUUUGGUGAUAUUUCAGCAGAGCAUUAUGAAGUAUAUGAAGAACAACUUCAGCAUGAUAUGGGAAUGAACACUGGAUUCGAAACUGCAUUGGAUGCUCAAGAAUCUGAGGAAGUGCACAAGGGACAACCUGCUACUUAUAUAGAAUCAGAACAGCAGGCUGAACAUGAACAUUUAGAUGCAAAGUUGGAAGAAGAAGUUGAUGCUAACUUUGAAGUUGGAGAUGCUUUAGAGUCUGAGGAAGUACUCACGGGCCAGUCUACUGCUUUGGUAGAACCAAAGCAGGAUUUGCAACUGGUUGAGUCAGUAAUCUCAGAAGGAAACCAAACACCAAAGGAUGAUGAUAAUGAAAAUAUGCCAAGUUCAAAUUCGGAAAUUCAAAAUGAAGUGUGUGGUGAAAGCAAUGUAGAUACAAAGCUGGAACAAGAAAAUGAUGGUAAAUUAAUUGGCAAAGAAAGUGAUGCAGAUCUCAAGCAUUCACCAGUUUCAGAUUCAGAAGUUGCUGAGAUACACACGGAUGGCCAAGCAGUGGGAAUAUCAGCUGGCACAGAUGCUGCAAUUAGAGGGAAUGAGCAGCUAUUAGAAGCAACUCACAGUCCUCAUAACAUGGUGCUAUACCUGCUGCUUUGUGCAGGUACAGUUUUUAUUGCAGGUGCAACUUUUAACUGGUCAAGGAAAGUUAAAAGCAGAAGCAAAAAAAUUACUAGUUGUGUAGAGAAACCUAAGAUUGAAUCUGAGGACAAGAAGAUUUCCCCAGAUAAGCCAUCUAUGAGGAAUGUGCCUGUAGAGAUGGACGUGGUUGGAGAAUCGUGCCCUUCAGAAAUGAGCAGCUUUGAGAAGAGCUCAUCUAGCAGAGUGAAUCAUUCGAAUGAAGCUAUCAGCGUAGAGAAAAAGCGCCGAAAUUACCAUAGGAGAGAGUCUUUGGCCUCUUCUGACUACUCCAUGGGUUCACCAUCCUAUGGAAGCCUAACAGUGUAUGAGAAAAUUCCGAAGGGACGCGGCGAAGAGGAGAUAGUUACUCCGGUUAGGCGUUCAAGUAGGAUUAGGAGCAUUGCCACUUCUCCAGUAUAAGCUGUUUUUAUUGGCUCUCCUACAGCAUAACCUAACCUGCGCAUAACUUUGCAUGCCUGCAAUGUGAAUGUACCUGUUUCUAUUUUCUAUUAACAGAAGUGUCUUGUCUUCUGAAUCUUCUAGCUUUACUAUUGACUUUGUAGCUUUAGAAUUAUUUUUUAGUAAUGAAUGAUGGUUGCUUAUAAAUUGUUGAAUAUCCACCCCACCCCCAACAAAAUUCUGGAUUUUUUAUUUAUUAUUACAUCCUCACUUUCACUCUACUGCCAAACCGACACAAACAUCUUAAUAAGCAUAGUGUGGCAAUUUUGCAAAAUGUGACAUUGGCAGGGAACAUGAUGGAAUGUUUACAGUUGCGGGAUCAUUUGUAUUUUGGUAAAUAUUAUGAUUGGUGCUGGUUCUGUAGUGUUAGAGGGGGUGGUGCCACCAAGAAACCCAGCUACGUUUUUAUUUGUUAUUCAAGAGAGACAAUUCUAGCUCUCUUAUUAACUACAACAUGACUUUUAUACCA